GUGCUGGUGUGCACUGUGUGUGUGAUGAGACAGGCACUGGCGAGCAGGACAAACAAGACUGUGCCACUGGUCUAAACUGUGACAGAGGGCAUAAGUGAAAGCUGAGCAAAAACUGUGCCGCGCUGGGAUAAUGCAUUUCUUCCGAAACCGGCUGGUAGUCCUGGGUCUAGUGCUGCUGGCGACGGUGCUGCUGUACCUGCUGCUGCCCGCCAUUCGCCAGGGCAGUAUGGAGCCCUUCCUGAAUGUCCGGAGGAUGGGGCUGACGGGAGGCUCUCCCACAGCUCCGACCGCUAAAUUCUCUAAGCCAGUCAACAUCACAAUCCGCACGGGCCAGCUGGCUGGAGACCCGCCUCUCUCCUUCAGGGAAACAAUCAGCGUCGAUGCAGCGGGGAAGAAGAUGCAGCCCAGGCUGCAGGUGGUUCUGCUGCAUGGUCAGGCCUUCACCUCAAAGACCUGGGAGGACCUGGGCACCCUCGCUUUACUGGCCAGUCACGGCUACCAAGCACUGGCCCUGGACUUGCCCGAUUCGGAAUUAGUGAAGACGGAUCAGAACCGGACUAACCUCCUGCUGAGGUUCCUGGACUCCCUGGAGGUGCAGGCGCCGGUCCUGAUCAGCCCCUCGAUGAGCGGGCGCUUCUCUCUCCCCCUCCUGAUGCUCCACAGCUCCCGUCUCAGAGGCUUCGUCGCUGUCGCCCCUGUGGGCACCAAGCUCUACAGCGAGCAGCAGUACCACAACAUACAGACCCCGACUCUGAUAGUGUUUGGUGCCCUGGAUGGCAGUCUGGGGACCCAGUCAUUGAAGAACCUGAGCCAGCUCCCUCACCACACUGUAGUGCGAAUCGAUGGAGCCAAGCACGCGUGCUACAUGGACAAGCCAAGGGAGUUCCACCAGGCACUGCUCACCUUCCUGAGCGGGCUGACAGUCACUGGAACAAGCAGUUUAUAAUUACUAACUAUGUGUAUAUAUAGGUAUUAAUAACUCUCUUAUUUAAGGGCUUUUACCCACACCUGAAGUUUUAUAUUUUAUUUGCAAGUUGUUUGUUUGUUUUUGAUUUUUUUUUUGCUGUUUUCAUUUGUGAGCGCACUUAGCUUCUGUGCACUUUGCAAAAUUUAAUCUGGACGGUUGGAGGGGUCAGUUCCGACUCCCACCUUACAGCACAAGAACAGAACCACUUUCCAAAUGAGCAAGUCCCAGGAUGACAUCAGUUCCUUGUGUUGAGAUUAGACACACAUUAAACAAGGUUUAGUCCUUUGGGAUUUGUAGUUGUUUCAUGGUUCUACAAACCUUCAAUUCCCAGCACCCUUUAAAACAUGUUACUGUUACUGGUUAAAUAAAUAGCUGGAAAAAGUUGUUAAUGUAUUUAAUGAAAUAAAUGUUAUUUAAACUAA